AACUCAUGAAUAUGCAUAUGGUUAAUUCUGGACAAUUAGUGUUAAUGCACUGUGACUGCUGAUGCUGAUUUGCUGCAGCUGACUGCACACAGUAAAUAGGACAUGAAUGGCAUGGGUUCAGUUGCAUGAAUUUAAACAAGUUGUAGAUUCCUUAAGAUAUUUAAUUACAUUUGAUUAAGUGCAUAUGAAUGAAGUUGCUCAGGGUCCUUCGAAGGUAAAUGGACAAUCAGAAACCCACACUGUGAUACCUGAGAUCAGACGCAACAAACUUAUGUAAUGAAGAUAAACACAGCCUUUAAGCAUACCUGGGUUACGCUUGAGAGAUAAGAUAGCAUUCAGAGUUAAGCCCGGUCUGAUCAGGAGGUGUGUGUGAAUGUUAAGGGGUGUGUUAUGUGGCUUUAAAUCUCCAGCCAAGUCUUUAAAAGUAGAUUAUGAGCUUUCAGCUGUUCCUGCAGUGGGUUAACAGAUUCAGUUUCCACUCAGUUCUCACUAUCUGAUUGUGAUCAUUAUGCUGAUCGCAAAAACAAUGACUCAAGAUUGAAGAUGCUGUGUCAUAAAAUAGAUCUGAAAGAAUUUAAUCCAAAAAAGGUUUGAAUUUUAUGGCAGACUGCAUCAUUGGGAUCAUAGAAGGUCUCUGUCUCCCUCAGUCGUGAGGUAGAUGGGGACUCUUUAAGACUAUCAGGACGGCCUGCAAGCGAUUAGUGCGUAGAGGGGCUAGGGAAGUGAUCAAUGGGAGACCCCAGACCCCUCUGCUGAGGAAGAUUUAUCAGGUGCAGAAGAAAUACUAUGGACUGGAUAACUUGGACAGCAAAUGGGGGGACAUUGAGCAGUGGAUGGAGGACAGUGAGCGAUAUACACGUGUCUCACGGAGACAUGCUUCGGUGUCAGAUGAUGAAGAACAGAUGUCAGUGGGGGGCAGGAGCAACACACGGUUGGAUUUGGAUGCGGCGGGUGCUUACGGCGUGCUUCCCCAGGCCUCCUCCUAUCAUAAGAAGUCCAAGAAAAAGAAGAAACAUUCUUCCAAAACCAGCAAUGGUUAUGAUGAUGAUCUCAGCACAUUGUCUAGUCGGAGCUCCAGACUCAGUGAUGAGAGCAAAAUGUCUCGCUCCUCUAGACUUGAUCGGCAGUCGAAAGCCUGCUAUUCAUCUGAACUGUACAGCAGCAGUAGUUAUUCCUCUAAACAUCAAGCCCCUUCCUACAAUGGCUACCAGUUGUCUUUGCUGCACAGCAGGAAGCACAGGGGCUCUGUAUAUGAGGACAGUCUCUACAGUGGCUCUCGACGCGCCAGUGCUCGUGCUUCCUCUGAAUACAGUGGUGUCCUGGGCUCCAGCUCUAGGACUUCGUCCAGAGCAAAUUCUGCAUGUGGAAGUCCAGUGGAGGACUGCAGCAGCUCAGUGGCUAGUUUUAUGCGCAGCUCAGCUAGUAUCAGUGGGCUCUCUAGAGACCUUGACCGUGUGGUCAUUCCUGACCUGCCAAACGUUAAUGGGAGGCUGUCAAUGGCUGAUGACAGGUUAGAGCGAGACUACUUGGAAAAGGGAUCCUCACGAGCAUCAACUAUCUCUGGCGCCACUCUUACCUCUCUGGGUGGGACGUCCUCACGGAGAGGAAGUGGCGAUACAUCCAUCUCUGCUGACACAGAAGCAUCCAUAAGGGAAAUCAAGGAGAUCCAUGAGCUUAAGGAUCAGAUUCAAGAUGUGGAGGCAAAGCACAUGCAGAACCUCAAAGAGCUCAAGGAUUCCCUUUUGGAAGUGGAGGAAAAGUACCGUAAGGCCAUGGUCUCCAAUGCACAGCUGGACAAUGAGAAGACCAAUAUGAUGUAUGAAGUGGACACUUUGAAAGACUCUUUAAUGGAACUGGAGGAGAUGCUCUUUGAAACACGCCGUGAGCUUGAGGAAAAGUGUAAGGACCUUGAACGAGAGAAGCAUGCUCAUAGCAUACUGCAGUUUCAGUUCAGUGAACUGAAGGAGACGUUGAAACAGAGUGAAGAACUUCUCACUGAGAUCCGUCAAUUACGGCUCAAGCAAGACGGCUAUGUUAGGGAGAUUUCUGACCUCCAGGAAACUAUUGAGUGGAAGAAUAAAAAAAUUGGGGCAUUAGAAAGGCAGAAGGAAUUUUCUGAUGCCAUUCGAAAUGAGCGGGAUGAACUUAGAGAUGAGGUUGUUCAGCUCAAAGACAUUUUGAAGAAACAUGGCAUUGUCCUUGGACUCGACUCAGCCACCAAUGGAGAAACAGAAGAAGUCGGAAAGGCUGAUCAGAAUUCUCAAACUGCAUCAGCUGAAAUCCGAGAGGGAAGUAGUGUACUAGGCACUCAUCAGCUGAAGGUGUGUAAAGACCAGCAACAAAAAGAUUUGGAUGAUGGGGUGCCAGGGAAUCAGCAGAUUUCAGCAGAGUUCAGUUCUACAAAUGCACCUUUAGAAGCAAAUGAGAAUGGGGACCUUGGGGACCAAAUGAAUCGGGGUGUAGAGCAGCUUGAGAAUAGACCUGAAGAACCUCCAAGUUCUGUUGGUGAUGAUAAACUAACUGCAACAAGAACCAAGGAGGAGCUCAAAUCUGAGGAACAUAUACCAGAAGAUUCAAGAGGUAAUACAGUGGAAUUAGAGUGCAUUGUUCACAAGGAUGGACAUUUAGAGACAGAUCAACAAGAGAGUGAAUGUGUCAAACCUAGUCAGGUCAUCAAACAAGAAACUCCUUUAGAGUCUGUCUCUGCUUCUGUCCAUGAUGAACCUGAUAAACCUGGUGAAGCUGUGCUUGAUGAUGAACUCAAAGAGGAGCCUGUAGAAUCAUCUCAAACAGAGAAGCUUGCCAAAACCCAAGGUGCCAGUGCUUCACAUAAAAAGAAGAAAAAGAAGAAGAAAAACAAGCAGAAGCAGAAACAGAGUGACAAGCAAGAGAAUGACACAAAGAUAGAUGACAAGACUGAAACAGUCUGUAGUGAAGACAAUCCAAACCAAAAAACGGAAGGUGAUCUAGAAGGAAAUCAUCAGGAGCCCUUAGAGAAUGAUAUAUCCAAGACAACAAUGAAUACAGAUGUCCCACAUGAUGCAAAAAGAACCAGUGAAUUGGAUGGUAUCAAAACAACAAGCGCAAAUAUAAAUGCUGAUGAUGUUCAAGAUAAAAUUCUGUUAGUUACAGAUGAAGCUGAUUUAGCAGGAAUUUCUAAAACAAUCUCAAAUUUUGAUUGCCCUAAAUCUAGCAAUGGCAUCCUUUCAGAUGAUCUGUCCAGCAAUGUUAUAUCUAACCCCGCAAACAAUAUUGAUGAACACACUGAGGAUUCAACAAAUCCUGACUCUGAAGCUAUAGUCCUUAGCUGUGAUCUUGUAUCUUCAGAAACCGAGACUUCACUGCCUCAUGAACCUUCUGCUCAGUCCAUGGAUGCUGUUGAAGGGGGUGUUGAGUCCAUCAGCUGCUCUGAGGACAUUGAGAGAUCUUCAUCGGAAGACAUGAAGGAAGUAAAGAGUCAUCUGAACUGUGAAGUGGAAGAACAGGAAGAAAAUGUCCAGAACAUUAAUAUAGAUGGGACCACUAACCCUGAAAAUCAAGAUGACUCUGCUCAUCCCUCUUCCCCUGUAAUGGAGAAGGUGGAAAAUGAAGCUGAAAGGGUAAUCAAGGAACAACCUAUUGAUCAGCCAAUGGAAAACCAACUUAAAGACAGCAGUGGAGCGGAAUUGGACCAGGAAGAGAUUGAGAGACGAGAUGAUCUGGAUAAAGAAACCCUUAACGUGCCUUCUGAAAAAGUGUCUGACACUCAAGACAGUAUUGAAGCAGAAUUGUACCAGGAAAAGGUUGAGAGACAAGAUGAUCUGGAUAAAGAAACCCUUAAAGCACCAACUGAAAAAGUGUCUGAUACUCAAGACCGUAUUGGAUCAGAAUUGGACCAGGAAAAGGUUGAGAGACAAGAUCAUCUGGAUAAAGAAACCCUUAAAGCACCAACUGAAAAAGUGUCUGAUACUCAAGACAGUAUUGGAUCAGAAUUGGACCAGGAAGAGGUUGAGAGACAAGAUGAUCUGGAUAAAGAAAACCUUAAAUCCCAACUGAAAAAGUGUCUGAUACUCAAGACAGUAUUGGAUCAGAAUUCGACCAGGAAAAGGUUGAGAGACAAGAUCAUCUGGAUAAAGAAACCCUUAAAGCACCAACUGAAAAAGUGUCUGAUACUCAAGACAGUAUUGGAUCAGAAUUGGACCAGGAAGAGGUUGAGAGACAAGAUGAUCUGGAUAAAGAAACCCUUAAAUCACCAACUGAAAAAGUGUCUGAUACUCAAGACAGUAUUGGAUCAGAAUUCGACCAGGAAAAGGUUGAGAGACAAGAUCAUCUGGAUAAAGAAAACCUUAAAGCACCUACUGAAAAAGUGUCUGAUACCCAAGACAAUAUUGAAGCAGAAUUGGACCAGGAAGAGGUUGAGAGACAAGAUGAUCUGGAUAAAGAAACCCUUAAAGCUCCUACUGAAAAAGUGUCUGAUACCCAAGACAAUAUUAAAGCAGAAUUGGACCAGGAAGAGGUUGAGAGACAAGAUGAUCUGGAUAAAGAAACCCUUAAACCUCCUACUGAAAAAGUGUCUGAUACCCAAGACAGUAUUGGAUCAGAAUUGGACCAGGAAGAGGUUGAGAGACAAGAUGAUCUGGAUAAAGAAAACCUUAAAGUGCCUACUGAAAAUGUGUCUGAUGGAAGCCAUGUUGACAACACUCCUUUAAUUGAAACACAGGUUCAGGCUGUACAUGAGGAUCACCUGUCUCCCAAUGAAGCAAUUAAGGAAUCAAUUGGAGAUUCAGAUUCUUCUGACCAAGAACCCAAGGUUGAAAAAGAUGGGGAGGAAAGAUCGAUCCAAAAUCAGCUUGAAGUGCAACUGCCUGAAGAUGGAGAAGACCUUCUGGUAAAGUCAGAUGUGGCUGCUCAAGAGCUCAAGGAAGAAGAUGAGGAAGAGGAAGAUGAAGGAGAAUCGUUUGAUUUUGAUGAAAUGGAUCUUGAAGCAUCAUCAGAUGCCCCUCUAAAAAACAUUCUAGAUCAGCCAAAAGAGGAAGGUAUUCUUUUCAAAGAUGAUGUCCAAGAAGCAGGCCAGGAAUACCAAAGCAAUGUCACCGAUGAGGACCAAAUUCAAAAAGAACAUCUAGAACUUGCAGAUCAGGAAUCAAAGCCAAAAGAGCAGAAAGAUGAUGGACAAGACACAGAAAACCCACAAACAACAACAGUUAUAGAAGGAUGUUUAACAGAGGACAGCCUAAUCAGCAGUGAAGUCAAACCUAAUGACCAGCAGCAUGAUACCUCUGGAAAUAAAGAAGAUGCAUUUGAGGAGCCUCAGCAGGCAUCAGAAAAUGUGACGCUCAGUGAAGGAGUUAAUCUGAUCUCAGAGAUGGAGAAAGGAAAUGGUGGCCAGGAGUUGAAUAGUUCCAUUCAACAAGGAAACAAGUUGUCAAGUAUUUCAGGAGAUCAGGAAGUUGAGAAGGCAACCACGGAAAGAAACAAGGAAGAUGAAAGAAAAGAAUCUAAAAAAAGUGGGAAAGGGAAAGGGAAGGGCAAGGGGAAAGAAGAAUGUAAAAUGUCUUAAUAGACAAGGACAUUGCUGAGUCUCUUCUCAGCAUCUUCAAUUGAAAAAGUAUUUUGCACUUAUGUAGGUCCUAAUGAAAUUAUUUUGGGACCAUUACUUCAGAGAACCCUAAAAUAACCAAACAUAUCUUGCAGUCAUUCCCAAUUAUCAGUCUUUGCAUCUUUUUCAGCAAACAUUUUAUACAUGUUUUACACCUGAUUAACAAUACAGAAAGAACACUUGAAAUUAGUUCAAACAGUAUUUAAAAUCCCCAAACCAAUUACUCAUUGAAUGCUAUCAGUAAUGGGUAUAAAGUGUCAUAUUUAUUAUGAAAUUUUACAUGAGCAUGAAUAAAAUGUUUCUCAUACAAUGAGUAAUACAAAUGAUCAGCUUUCUGUCUGUGCUGCAGUCAUGUUUGGCAACUUCUUAAUUAAAAUGUUUUCGGAAACAAAGGACCUGUAAUGUAUUUUGUUUAAAUUGGUGUUAUGUUGUUUAAAAUUGUGAUAAAUAAAAAAUGUUAUUGUGUGCCAACCUUAUUAAACAUUCCUCUAAGAAUUUGACUGGAGCAAAGUUAUGUUUUGUUUUUACAAUUUAUUUGUUGGGAGAUAUGAUUGAGAAAAAAAUGGAAAUAUUUGAUUCUGUUUGGUGAAGAUGGUGUUGGAACAUUGAGACAUAAUGUUUGUUAAGUGAACCAUGUAUUUUAAAAUAAAACUUAAGCAAUUAAAAAUA